AUGGACCGUUUAAAGUUAAAUACCAAAGCGUUACUGGGGAUGGCAACGCGUACCGUUGAUCAGGAUCAUGGAUUGCGGCAUACAUGUGUCAAGGUGCUUUAUCACGCGGUUCUUCAAUAUGAAACCGCAAUGUCCAAGUUUGCUACGGCUUUGUCUGCGUUAUCGGAUUCUUUGGAAGGCGUAGAAAAUGGAUAUAAAAGCGUCAUCUCCAACGAAAAAAAUGUUUCUGUUUUUGAUGCCAUGAAGGAGGUAACAGGUCAUUUGGAAAAUUGCCGUGUAACUAUUAUUCCAGAGUCUAUUGAGGCAUUGAAGGUAGACGUUGCCCCGUCAUUGUCCUCACUGAAGGAGUAUUGUGAUGCCUGCGAGCGUCUUCAUAGUGAAAGAACCAGGGCCGUUGAUUUGUAUGAUUAUCAUCGAAAUGUUGUUGAAAAAAAAGAGGUCAAUUAUGCAUCAAAGGGUAAACUUCUUGAUGAUUCAAAACAUUAUAAAGAAGAACUAACCAAACGUGAUGCCGCGCAUGAUGCGUACCUUGCAAAGCACAAUGAAUACAACGAGGCGUAUGAUGAAAUUAUGUGCAAAAAAUCUGAACUUACCACGCUUUCUGGAAGGCUGUUUCUUCGUGAGCUGUUGAAUCUUCUGGAUAAUCUCAAAGGUGAGGUUUUGUGUAUGUGUAAUAUUGUUGAUAAUAUUCCUUUGAAUCAGGUAUCAGAUGAACGAGGUUGUGUUCUAGUUGCUGAGGAACUAAGUUAUGGGACGAAUGUCAUGGGUGAUGCCCCGAACGGGGUGUCUACGGAAAACAACGAAGCGGACGCCGUAGUGGCGCAGGAGCCUACGGAUGAGCAAUUACCCGCUGCAGUUUGUGAGGAAUCAAAAGACAAUGGGGAUAGUACUCCUGAACUAGUGGAAGGUUAG